GCUCAAGAGAGUACGCUUCAAAAAUGCGGCUUCGGAGAAACAUACACUAGCACUGCCGUCGGCGGGUGGAUCUAUUUGGGUUCGAUAGCGUGAUCAUACCGUGAUCAUACAUAAAACACGGAGAUACCACUCUCUACUCUGCUCACUUCAUCGAGCACCAUAUAUUUCCCAGUGUACGAACAUUAACGACUAAUCAUAAUGCCCUCUGAAGACCACCACUCUCAUGAUCCCUAUGAUAUCCCUAUCACCUCCCAGGUCCACCGCGACUACGGCACCACUGAAGCCUCCCUCACCGAGCGGCCCCCGCUCCAAUCCCGUCUGACCAUAACCCACACCCAGCUCGCAAAGCACUCUCAGAACGCCAGUAAUAUAGUGGCCUUCUACACGGGACUCAGAAUAAUCGGGCAGAUUGUCGGGGCCUUGAUCUACAUGGCCAUCGCCCUCCUUUUCCUGGCUGUCUCGCUCGGAUUCUCGAGUAUCUUCAGUGGUAUUUGGAACGUCACCGGCCACUGGAUUUUGCUUUACCUGAGCCCCACUCCGAGCCCCUACUCCGAAGCCACCCUGCUUUCGACUUUCUGGUUUGGAUUUUGGGGCUCCGCCACUACAACCAUACCUUUCUGGCUAGUUUACAUCCCGCUCCGUGCCUGCUGCGACUUCGCUUGUAGAGGGAGCUUGACUUUGCCGUUCCUCAAUCUUGUUGUGGUCGCUGCCAAGAUCGCGUUGGAAUGCAUAGUUGGAGUGCCUCUCGUUGGGCACUAUGGUGUAGUGACGCUCAAACUUGGAGAUGCCAUCCGCGUUGCGUAUCUUGGAGUAGCAGCCCUGUUUCUGGGAGUAGUGGGUAUUAUGCUAAUGCUCCUUCUCGCAACAAUUCCCUUUAUCACUUUUUAGCCUUUGAGUAUCGGUGACCAGGUAGUGAUGAUCGAGCUGCAGAUCCUUGGAUGUGUAGUGCAUCAUGCGUCAAUGUACACGGUAUUUGUAUGCUCCACGGUUCUUGUAUAAUCCCCCCCGCCAACUGUAUAGUGUACGAUAAAACUCUGGCUUCGCAAUGUAUAAUCCAUAACACUGUCCCUGCCAAAGUCUCAGCAGCGAGCAAAUAUAAAGUUGUUCCAACGAUAACUUGAUGCCUCUAAUCAACAUGGUACAG